AACGAAGACGCUCAUUAAUUUUUGCGUGUGUUGGAAAUAUAUUUGUAGUUAUGCUUUAUUUGUAUUUGAAGCGACAGAAAAAAUUUAGUGGUCGGCGCUGGUGGGUGCACCCUUUAACUCUGGACCGUGGGCAACUGGGAGCGUAUGUGACUGUUUUUUUGAAAUACAAACAUACAGAUCAAGAGAAAUUCUUCCGAUUAACGCGACUCACAGUAGAACAAUUUGAAGAAUUAUUAACAAUAAUCCGAGAUGAUAUUCAAAAACGAAGCUAUAGAGAGUUUUUAACACCGGAAUUUCGCCUUGCCCUCACACUCUGUUACUUAGCAUCUGGCAAUAGCAUUGUCAGUUUGUCGAACUACUGGAAAAUAGGCAAAUCUACUGCAUAUGGGGUGAUUAAAGAAACAUGUGAGGCUAUAUGGAAGCGAUUGAAGAGUAGUCAUUUAGCACCACCUUCUACACAAGAAUGGAAACUCAUAGCAGAUGGGUACUGGUCAAGAUGGAAUUUACCAAAUUGUUGUGGGGCUUUAGAUGGAAAACAUAUCAGGUUACAAUGUCCAUCAAAAAGUGGCUCCCAAUUCUUCAAUUAUAAGCAAUUUUUUAGUUUCGUGUUAAUGGCACUGUGUGACAGCAAAUAUUGCUUUACAUGGGUAGAAGUAGGAGAUUAUGGAUCUCUUCCAGACAGCAGUAUUUUUACUUCUUCUGCAUUGGGUAAAGCCAUGGAAGAAGGAUCUCUCAAUUUUCCAGAUCCGAAACAACUGCCUGGUACUAAUGUAUUGGUUCCCUAUUAUUUUGUCGGCGAUGAAGCAUUCCCAUUACGUACCGACUUAAUGAGACCAUAUCCAAGAAGGAAUCUCACAAGCGAGGCAAAUAGAAUUUUUAAUUACAGGCUUUCUCGUGCAAGACUUACAAUUGAGAAUGCUUUCGGAAUUUUGGCAUCAAGGUAUUUCCUUUUAAACAUUAUUAUAGUGACAAUGAACUUCUAUAUAAAGAUGAGCAAGUUAAACAUUUAUUUUUCAUUCUAAUUCUAAUAGGUGGCGAGUUUUGCGUACCGCUUUGGC